CCCCUGAGCAUCACUGUAAGAACUACCAGCACAGGAGAGUGAGGUGAUUGGCUGCUCACGUCACCAUGCCUGGGAGCGCUAUCGUAGGAUUCUUCUUCAUUCUGUGCCUUGUGGGUUCGGGUUCUAGCACGGCAGAAUUAGAUGAACGCUCCGACACAUGUGGAACCAUUUUGUUUGCAGUGGGAAGAGAUUUCACUGCCAGAGCUGGGGUCCCGCCCAGGUAUCGUUUAGACAGCUAUGAUGGAAGGGCGGCGCGCCUCGGGAAACUGUACAACGUCAGACUUAUCGCGUUCAGUCCCAAUGGGAGACUGUAUGCUGUCCGGGGCGGGCAACUCUACGUGGGCAGAAUGAGGUCUUGUGCAAACCAGGACUGGUUUAGAGCUUCCACCCGCAUUGGGAAAUGUGGCUGGAACAGAUUCAAAUUUAUAUUCUUCCACCCCAGGGGCCUCCUCUAUGCAGUUACCUACAGUGGGGAGCUAUAUAGGGGCCCACCGCCAACCAAUCAGUGUCAGAGCUGGAGAAGAAGGGCUACCAAAAUCGGAAGUUACGGCUGGAACUAUUUUGAUGCUCUCUUUUUCGACCCAAGCGGCAUCCUCUAUGGGGUUACCAAUGACGACCGUCUUGUCAAGAGGUAUCCGCCAACAGGCAUAAAUGACAGAUGGCUUUCCUCCAGUACCACAGUUGGCAGGGGCGGCUGGCGCGUCCUCACCCACUUCAUUGCCUUUAGCCCAGACGGAUACCUGUGGGCUGUCAAUAAAGGAAAUGGGUAUAUUUACAGAGGGAGGGCCCCACAGAACCCAUGUGUUAGCUACGUGCAGAACGCCCAAUGGUUGGGCUGGAGCUAUAAUAUCUAUAGAUUACUGGCAUUUACCAGAGGGUCCAUCGUGCAAAAAAUCCUCAGUUUCCAGUUCUUCCCAGAAUCGGGACGGAUAGUGGCGCAGAGCACGGAACUGCUAAAGAAAGAAAUCUUUGACAACCGGGAGGGCAGCGACCAGCUAAACCGCACAUUCACACUGGAUCAAACCAUGGAAGAGAAGAGCGCGUUUAGGCACAGCACUGAAUCAGAAUAUGGGGGAGACGCAACGUUGACAGAUGGAAUCCCGCAAGUUGCGACAGAAGGGGAGAAGAUAUCCAUCGAUAGAAGCACCCACCAUCAAUGGAACUUCACUGACACCAAUGAGAGACAGAUCACAUUCUCCCUGCGCAAAAGCUUCCCGAUAAAAGCCGGAAAAGGAUUACACGUUGUCGCCUCUGUUCAAAAAGCCACUGUGGAAGUUCCGUACCGCGCAGAAGUCAUCACUGAGUGCGGCUCCAAUGCCACCAUAGAGGGAACCUGGCAAGGCGUUACCUAUUAUAAUCUGAUGGUGGAUCAGGAGGAGUUCGACUGAGGAUCCCACGGGUCAUUUCCUGUGUCCUGGGGUAUUAGGGGCAAAUGUGGGAAUCCCACAGGGGGCGUAACCUUGGGUCACAUGUUGUUGGUGGGAUAAAGGGUCGGUCCAGUACAAGCUGAGAAGGCAUACUCACUGGGGGGGGGGGGGCAGUAAUAUCUGAGCCAAUGAGUAUCAGCAGACAGUGCUUACGCUAUUCAUUCUAAGGCAAAAUACACAGAAAUAAAUGCUUUGUUUUUCUGCA